CUCCUAUCGGUGACACUACCUAGAAGAGACCCAAGAUGUUGGUGCUACUGGCUGGCAUCUUUGUGGUGCACAUUGCCACUGUCAUCAUGCUCUUUGUCUCCACCAUUGCCAAUGUUUGGAUGGUGGGUUCUUCCACCACAGAAACAGUCUCCUCAGGACUCUGGCUACUGUGCAACAGGACCUGCGAUACGCUGCCAGUCAGCAGUGAUGAUGAGGCUGCCCUCAAAGCCACACAAGCCUUUAUGAUCCUCUCAAUCAUUUUCUCCGUCGUUGCUCUCGCCAUGUUCAUUGUCCAGCUCUUCACCCUGGAGAAAGGCAAACGUUUCUACAUCACUGGAGCCAUCAUGCUGGUUUGCUGGAUGUGCAUUCUGAUUGGAGUCUCCAUUUACACAGCCCGGUUCACAGGAGCGAUGAGAGAGUUCGACCGUCCUCACCAUGGCUACUGCUUCAUAUUAGCCUGGAUCUGCUUUUGUUUCAGUUUCAUCAUUGGCAUUCUCUACCUUGUUCUUAGGAAAAAAUAAGGCUGAUGGGAAUCCAGGGGAGAGGGUUGGCUACUGGGAAAGGGGAAGAAUUGCUCUGCUGAGAGAACUAUUGGGCCGAUACACAGAAAUGGCCACUAUCAUCACCACUGCCACCACCACAGAAAAAUCACUAACAAAGCUAGAACCUUCAGAAUGCCCUUCAGCAAAAAGAGGGAGAAACAGCUCCAAUUGAUCUAGCACUCCUGGGGCUGCUGCACCAGAAAGCUGCAAGCGACCCAGACAGCUCUUCUCCUUUUCUGCAAAGUCAUGUCAGAUCGUCACAAAGCUUCAAGCUCAGCAGUGAUGAUUGAAGAGCACCACAAAAACAAGGGCUACAUCUCUUUCCCUUCCUAGAGGCCUUCUCAUUUACUUUUUUGGUGUGCCUUGUGGGUUGGGCAGUGUGAGGCUUAUGACCCCUUUUUUGUCUUUUGAAACAUAUGGGAUGGGCCUUUUUGUUACAUUUUAUGUACAUAUAUAUAUGCACAUAUGUGAAAGUUAAAGACAUCAAAUUGAGAAGCGAUAGAAAUCAGACUACAUUCAUAGUAAAAUGUCUACAGAAAUAAGGCAGCAAUAUUUUUUUUUGGCUGUUCUGUUUACUAUUUGAUAUUUCCAUAGCUGAAUCAGAUGCAUGUAAGAAGGGCAAAUCCACGGGUGUGGAUGAUGGACAGAGGCAGAGAAAGAGAGAGAAAGUGUGGCGAUAAAGAUACACAGGAACUCCUAAUUACAGAGCAUGAAGUUGCUCAACGGUGCACAAGCAGGGAAGGAAUCACCUGAGUGUGUGUCUACACUGAAAUCUUCUGUUCAGCUCCAGAACAUGGUAACAGCCCUGCAAAAUGGCAGAUCUUUACUGAGACAGGUCCUUACCUGUAGGCAGGGUGUUUUUCCCACAUUGUCAUCCAGUACCUAGUAUUAAUUG